CAACAGCACCGGGACCCCAAGCAUAUCCUGUUCUGUCUCUCUGACCCACGGCAUAUCCCGAAGCAGAAGAUGAAUCGAGGUUUCUUGCUUCUCGUCGUGGCCGCGGCGUCCGUGUCGGCCCAGACUGUCCCCUCCUCUUGUGAAUUGGCCCUGACAUCUGUGGACAGAAGUCUGGAGAAGAUAGGUAGGACUUGCAACUACCGGAUGGCGUGGGACUCGUACAACGCAAUCGAAAACUGCCGAUGGUAUUCUGGUACGAUGUCGAUGUACAAUGUUGAAGUCUGUGAUCCGAUUGUGUUCGAUUACAUGAAAUGCAUCUUAAAAGCAUCAGGACUUCUCAAAGUCGACGGCUCCUUCGAUGACGCUGCUUUCCAGAAAACAACGUUGCAGGACAAGUGCAACUCGGACGUCAAGUUCUCAACCGCGUACAAGCUUUGCAAGAACUCCACCAUGAAAUACUUGAACUAUUAUCGGUUCGUCUGGUGCCUAAAUGGAAAAUUACAACUUUGAGGCAACCGAAAGAAAAAAAAUCUCACGGAACACGGCAAACAGAACGCACCAGAACUCGCAAACAAAACUCACCCGGAACACGGCGUACUGAACUUAUACAGAACACGGCAAACAGAACUCACCUAGAACACGGCGAACUGAACUCAUAGGGAACACGACUGAAAUCAACAUUAAUAUCAGAACGAGUUUCUAAAUUAAGUGUGCCUAUAUUGUCCACGCGUUCAUAAUGUAAGGAAUUGUUUUGAGAAACAAUAUAUAUUGAUGGGACGGGAAUAUAAUCCAUGAAAUG